AUGGUCGCCGAUGCUCUUCCCAAGCCUUUGAUGCCGCCCCGUGCUCCUUGUAGCCAGCCACUGAAGACCCCGCCAGAGAGCGAAGAUCUUCAUGGCUUCAUGCUCCCUCCGCCUGCAACUGAAUCAUAUGAUGAUAUCUUCAACCUCGAUUUCGUGAUUCCACGCAGCACUGUCGAGGCCUCGCCCAUCGGCCUGGGCUUCCCCUGGAACGAAGAUUGCAACGCAGGCGCUCCGAAAAUGGGCGCGCUGCUGUUCCAGGCAAUGAAGGCUUUGAUUCCCAACGAUGGUGAGGUUUCCAGACAGGACCUUCCAAAGGAAGUGACCUGCCUGCCACCGAAAGCGCCGCUUCUGCGGCCUUCAGUACAGUCGACGUGGGACAUUAACGAGAUUCCAAAUCUGGUCUUGCCGGACGCAGCGGAUGUCGACUUGUUUGACGAACUUGAGGAGAUCCGCCCAAAAUUCAGUGUGAAGGCCAAAGGCAUACAGACGAGCUUGGAAAAGGUGCAUCAAAACACUUGCAAGAGCAUCUUGAGCGUGCUUGCAUCUGAAGAAGCAGGACAGAAAGGCUUUGCGGAGCUGUCCGAGAGGUGGAGUGCUGCCGCAGCUGAUGGCCGUCGCCGCACGUCCACUUGCUCGACAGUGGCAUCCAUGACGGACUUGGAGCCCCAGCGCAGGGAAUGUUCGAUGACGAAGUUGCAAGCUUCGUCAAUGGUCAAGCUCACCCACUCUGAGUGCGUGUUUACAAGCCCCGUGUCGCUGUGA